CCCAGACAUCAGCAACCACCUCCCACCUGCAGACACCAUGCAGGUGGCCCCCGUCCUCCUGGCGCUCGCCCUGGCACUGGCCGUUCCCAGCUCCUCUGCUGAGCGGAAGUGUAUCCUGAUAGGAACUUGGGUCAACGGCCUGGGCUCCAAUAUGACCAUCAAUGCUGUGAACAGCAAAGGCGAGUUUGAUGGCUCCUACAUCAGCUCUGUGGCAGACAAACCAAAUGAAAUCGAGGUAUCUCCACUGCAGGGAUUCCAGCACAUCAAUAAAGAACAGCCCACCUUCAGUUUCACUGUCAACUGGACUUUCUCAGACUCUACCAGUGUCUUUGUGGACCGGUGCUUUGUAGACAAGCAUGGACAGGAAAUUUUGAAGACCAUGUGGCUACUGAGGGACGAGGUGGAGAACCCCGGCCAGGACUGGAAAGCCACCAGCCCGGAGAUGCCGUGA